AUGGCGUCUGCUGAUCUGAGACAGGAGCUGCACUGUUCCAUCUGCCUGAACAUUUAUACAGAUCCUGUAACCCUGAGAUGUGGGCACAACUUCUGCCGGGUCUGCAUUGAUGGUGUGCUGAAUGCACAGGAGGGGUCUAGAGUUUAUAGCUGUCCUGAAUGCAGAGAAGAGUAUAAGGAGCGUCCUGCCCUGGAGAAAAACAGGAAGCUCUGCAACAUAGCAGAACAUGUCCGUUCUAUUCCAGAGGAGGGAAAUGGGAACAGAAACUGCUCUGUCCAUAAGGAGCUCUUCAGAUAUUACUGCAUUGAGGACGCGGCCUGUAUCUGUGUGUCCUGCUGUCUGAUUGGGGAACACAGAGGACAUCAGAUGGAGUCACUGGAUGAGGCCUCUGAGAAGAAGAAGGAGAAGCUAAGAGAUGUUCUGCAGAAACUGACCACAAAGAGGGCAGAGACUGAGAAAAGAGUCCAGAGUAUGCAGGAGUGCAGGAGAGAAGAUCAGGGAAAAGCAGCGUGUAUAACAGAGAAAGUCACUACCAUGUUUAGAGAUAUCAGGAGACAGCUGGAAGAUCUGGAGAAGAGAAUCCUGAGUGAGAUCUCUAAGCAGGAACAGUGCGUUUUACUCUCAGUUACUGAUCAGAUCCGGCAGUUUGAAAUAAAGAAGGACGAGCUGUCCAGGAAGAUGCGGCACAUUGAGGAGCUGUGUAACAUGUCUGAUCCAGUGACUGUCUUACAGGAACCUGACACAGGGGACUUGAGUGUUACUGUGGAGCUGAGUAACAUGACUGAUCCAGGGGAGGGGGAGGAGGAGGAGGAGGAUACUGAAGAGGAGGAAGAAACGGAGGAUGAGGAGGGGGAGGAUACUAAGGAUGAUACUGAUGAGGAGGAGGAGGAUACUGAUGAGGAUACUGAUGAGGAGGAGGAUACUGAUGAUGAGGAGAAUACUGAGGAGGGGUAUACUGAUGAUGAAGAGGAUACUGAUGAGGAAGAGGAUACUGAGGAGGGGUAUACUGAUGAUGAAGAGGACAAUGAAGAGGAAGAGACACGCAUGGUAGGAGAUCUGGAUGUGGGUCUCAUCUCAGGGACAUUACACACAUUAUCUGACAUAAUAACAGGGAUAAAUGUAUGCUUCUAUGUGCAGGAGCCUACAGACCUAUUACUGGACGUAACCACAGCUGGUAAUAAUUUAGUGAUAUCAGAUGACUGCAAAACUGUAUCCCCAUCAUAUACAGACCAGAAUUGCCCAGUAACACCAGAGAGAUUUCAGUGUAAUCAGGUAAUAAGCACCAGGGGAUUCUCCUCAGGGCGACAUUACUGGGAGGUGGAUGUCAGUAAGUCAGUGUGGUGGAAGGUCGGGAUGUGUUAUCCCAGUAUAGAUAGGAAAGGAGGUCGCUCAUUUAUAGAUAAUAACAAUAAAUCCUGGUGUCUGUGUAGGUAUUAUGAGCGGUACUCAGUGAGACAUGACAGCGCAGAGAUCCUGUUACCUGAAAAUAUCCCCUGUGACAGAGUCAGGGUAUAUCUGGAUUAUGAGGCAGGACAGCUGUCCUUUUAUUCUCUGUGUGACCCCAUCAGACACUUACACACCUACACCGCCGCCCUCACUGAGCCCCUCCAUGCUGCAUUAUGGGUAGUGGGAGGAGGUUGUAUAACUAUAUCUGGGGGAGUCAGGGGUUGGGAGGAAUCACCAUGA